AUGGCGCCUAUUGCCGUCACUCCCCCCAAUCACACCGACACCGUCACAGACCUCACACACGAUGGGAUCCGACACGCCCUCGAAAAGGCCGCGCCAUCCCAACUACACUCCGCAUCUCUCACUUCUACCAUAACCGCAACACCGCCCAACGAGCCAGCCUCAAAGUCGCAAGAACCAACAGAGGCUUCCUUAGCCGAGCUCGAUGCCUCAAAACUACAAUGCACAUACACCCACACCCCUCGUUCCGUCCCCGCCGUCGGUUCUGCAGAAAUGGCUUCCCAAAAAGUAUGCACCGACCACAUGAUACAAGCCCGAUGGACGGUCGAGCAAGGCUGGGACGCACCCACACUUCAACCCUACGGGCCCCUCUCCCUCGCACCCACUGCCUCCUGUCUCCACUAUGCCACCGAGUGUUUCGAAGGCAUGAAGCUGUAUCGCGGUCUCGACGGCAAAUUGCGUCUCUUCCGCCCAGACCUCAACUGCAACCGCAUGCUCAUGUCGACAAACCGCAUCGCUUUGCCCGGGUUCCCGCCGCAGGAACUCCUCAAGCUGAUUGUCAAGCUCUGCGCUACCGAUGGUAAGAAAUGGCUUUCCAAGGACCGGCCAGGACAGUUCCUCUACAUCCGCCCCACGAUGAUCGCUUCGGACCCAGCACUCGGCGUUGAACGCCCGAGGGAGGCUCUCCUCUUUGUCAUCCUCUGCUGUUUCGCACCCAUGGGUGACAUGAGCGGCGGCAUCAAACUCCUCGCCUCCCAAGACGACAUGUGCCGAGCGUGGCCCGGCGGUUUUGGAUACGCCAAGGUGGGCGCAAACUACGGACCCUCGCUCGUGGCGCAGGGCGAGGCGCGGAAGCGCGGGUACCACCAAAUACUGUGGCUGUUUGGCGACGACUGCACAAUUACCGAGGCGGGCGCGAGUAAUUUCUUCGUCGUGUGGAGAACCAGAGAGGGGAGACUGCAGCUUAUGACUGCGGACUUGAACGAGAAGAUUGUGCUGGAUGGCGUGACGAGGCGGUCCAUCCUUGAGCUUGCGCGGGAGAGACUGACGGCCUCAUCAAGCAUGGAUAGCGACCUCGAGGCUUUGGAGAUUGUGGAGCGCAAAUUUAACAUCUUCGAGAUUGAGCAGGCGGCCAAGGAGGGGAGACUGGUAGAGGCGUUUGCGGCGGGGACGGCAUGGUUUGUUGCUCCUAUUAGCCAGAUUCAUUUCCGUGGGAAGGACAUCGACGUUCCCAUGGCAAAGGGGAAUUGCGGUGUCUAUGCUGAUACUGUGAGGACAUGGUUGAAGGGUAUCAUGUGGGGAAGCGAGGGCAUGGAGAGCCACGAGUGGGGCAGGGUCAUUGACGAGGAAUAG